UUACAGAAAUCCAAAGCGAUGUCGAAGGACGAUAUUGCUUGCUUAAUAGAUGUUAUUCAAAGUCGCCCAAUUAUAAUAAGUAAAGAAACUAACGCAUCAACCAACAAGCAUAAGGAGGAAGCUUGGGACUCUGUAACGGUGGCUUUUAAUGCUCGCUGUGGUUCAGUCCCAAGAACCAAACAACAGUUGAAGCUAAAAUGGGACAAUUUGAAAAAGGCCGCACGUAAGAGAGCACAACAAAUAAGAUUAAAUCACUUGAAGACUGGUGGUGGUAAGCCCGAUUUCAUUCUACCUGAUGAAACAUUGGAAAAGGUAUCAGGGCUCCUAGGGUCUACAUGCUCUGGAUUUGAGGUUCCUUUUGGUGGUGAUGGUGUUGGGGUGGUGCUCAAUGCGGACACUAUGAUGGGUGAUGGUAAUGACUCUCUCGCCAUAGAAGAAGUUUUUUAUAUUGAUGAAGGCACACCCAACGUUCCAAAAGAGGAUAAGAACUUGGUUGAAACUCCCAGCAAAGGUAGUGUAUAA